AUUAGGUAUGUAUAAAAAAGCGAUUAAUUUUAAUGUUAUCUAAAAUAUAUAAAGCUUUCAGACUCUAUUCAGGUUUUUUCUUUUUCAUAGAAUACGCAAGUCAACAUGUGGGUCCUCUUUGUAACCGUUUUGCUCAUCGCUUCUGCUGCUCUAGGUAAGGACGACAUUUGCGAGAAGCGGAGUUGGGAAGUAUGUGAUCCUGGUGUUCCUUUUGUGUUUCCAAGCAACGAGAAAGAGUUCGACGAGGAAUGUCAUAUUGCAUUGGACGAGACGAAGUGCAGACAGGAACAUGCAAUCAAAUGCGAAACAGACGAGCUUGAAGAGGUUAAUGGAAUUGUUGAAUUUCUGCAAGAUGUCUGCCGCAAAGGCUCCAGCCUUAAUGAAGUUCUUCGGCCAAAUAUUGGAUGCAUAAAAGAAAACGUCAUCAAAGACUGUUCCGAAAACGUGAGGACAGUGCACAACACUUACAGAGAUUACCUGAACACCACGAGUGAAGAAUUUUCUGAUGAGGAAUGGUUGAAACUCAUGUGCAUGAGCUUUGCUUAUGAUAUUGCUUGCGCCGCUAAUGCUGUUUCAGUACCCUGUGGCAGAAAGGUGAAGGAUGCCGUUCUAGAAGUUGAACGUCGUGUUGACUGGAUGGAAAAAAGGACUGGCUGUCCAAGAAGCUUACGAGAAGAAAUUGCUAAAAGAUAUCCCAGCUAUGGAAGUCAGCCUUGCAGAAAAGGUGUUGCUGGAAGAAUUAUUCUUGGACAUCUGAAGGAGCAAAUGGAUGAGACACGCAUGCAGGAAGAACCUCAUUCUGAGUACAUUGAUUAAUGUUUGAUUACUUAUAAGCACAGAAUUAAAUGCAAUAAAUAAAAUUUGCAAGUACAUUCGAUUA